GCAAUAUACAAGGGGAACAAAGAUCACCCUUGACAAAAUUCAUCAUUUGAGACAGGAAAACCACGGAUUGAAACAAGAAGAUAAACAGUAUGAAAUUGAAGGAAACACAACACAUAUAAAAAGGGGCAAAGAGGCGCAAAACCUUGGAAACAAUUCAAAACUCACGAACUCACAAACAACAAAGGUAGUUGCAUGUUUGACAUGAGUCAAACACUUGAAGUUCCACAUAAGUCAGUCACUUUCCUCUCUCUAUGUUCGUUUUGUCUUUCCCCGCAACCACCACUGAUCGUAUUCUGAACAGAAGCAAACAGUGAUGGAGAAAUCAAGAAUGUGAGGAAAGUUUGUGUCAGAAACCCAACUGACCCACUUAGAGAGAACCUUCGAUUUCUCCGAGAGAGAGAGAGAGAGAGACCAAACACUUUUACCACUGUUUCUUCUUCCGACAACCAUGAAUCCUAGCAAAGUUGAAGCAGAAGAUCUAUUCCACCAUCACUUGGACCCGCAACAUCACCAAAUCUUGGAUCAAUCUCAGCCGUCAAUUCUUCACCAGGACGAUGAAGAACCGUUCUUUUCUGAUAUCGGUUUUUUCCGCGACGAAGAUGACGACGCUGCCAGCCAUAGUUCCUCAGACCCCGAUCAACAUCAGCUAAUUCAGUCGUCGCUACCUCAAUUGGAGCAUCAAAACGGGAUCGUUUCUGAAAACCCUAACCCUAACCCUAAUUUGGGUUUGGGGAAGUCCGGCGAUAAAAAUAAGGCGGAGAAACGCCACCGGCAUACGGCGGGUGCAUCGGCGGCGGCGUAUAUAAGUCCGGAACCCCACAUUUCAUCUCAAUUCUACACAUUUAACAAGGAAUCCCAUGCCCUGAUGAUACGCUGCCUCCUUGAGGGUCGGGUCGCCACGCCGGAGGAAAUCCGAUCUGUCACGCCCGCGUCGGUGCUCCAGAGCUGGCGCCUGGUGUGGAAGGACCGGAAUGAGGACACGGCGUACCUUACGGCCUGGAAGCGGAUACAGGACAAGCUCGUCGUGAGUAUCGACCCCGUGAAUGGUAAUGAAUUACUGUGUUUCAAGAAUAAUUCGAGUCAAUUCGUUUCCCAUGUUGACCAAUGGCAUGAUAUAGUCACAAACUUUCACCGUGACGCUGAUUUAAAACACUUAGGUCUCAAAGACACUAUAGAAAAAAUCAAGCAGGUUUGGACUGUAGGUGCUAAAUUUUAUGGCAUACCUGAGAGUUAUAUUAGGGUCUGUGUGGAGGUGUGCCCCGUGUGCUCUGAGUCUGCGCCACGUACUAAGAGGCGUAGGUUUGAGUAUACUGAAUCAUUCGAUGUACCAGCAAAGGAAGUGCCAGUUAGAUUACAGCAAUUAGCUGCCAAGUAUAAAGUGGUGUUGUGUAUUAGACAGAAA